ACCGCAACACAAAGCGCAGCAGCCACGACAACAAGAACAACGGCCAAAAUAUGUCGUCGCCGUCUUCGGGGAAGGAUGCCAAGAUCUGCAACUACGAGCCCAUCGAUUUCGAUUCCCUCGGGCUGGAGUGGAGGCACGAGGAAAACGAGCGCAAAGACCCACGGUCGGUCCGCAUGGCCGCGGAGUGCAAGCGCCGGCUCACGAGGGCGACCCAGAACUGCAUCGACUCCAUCCGGAAGCGAAAGGAAAAGGAGGACAACAACACCAACAACAACAACAACAAGAGCGGGGGAGGGACCCUCGGCCUGAUCCUCUCGGGCGGCGUCGACACCUGCGCGAUCCUCGAGGCGGCGACCGACCUCGGGAUCGUCUUCGACGCGGCCAUCACGGUGGUCAUCGGGGACACGAGCCCCGACGAGCUCUACUCCAAGUACGCGGCCCACAAGCACGGCCUGACGGAGAGGCACCACGUCGUCAAGAUGACCCCGGAGGACCUGGUGGGGGUCCACCUGCCCCGGACCAUCAAGACCCUCGCCGUCUGGGACGGGAUGACCAUCCGCAACUCCCUGGUCAUCAGCGCCGCCUUCCAGAAGGCCGAGAAGCUCGGCCUGACCGACGUCCUGGUGGGGGACGGGGCCGACGAGCUCUUUGGGGGCUAUAGCUUCACCUGGGGGGACGCAGGGGACCCGGCCGGCUGGAAGGACAAGCGGGACAAAAUGUGCGAAAAGUGGACCUUCGCGACGGACGACCUGGCCGCGUCCUUCGGCCUGGUGGCCCACGCGCCCUACGAAGACCAGGAGGAAAUGGUCGGCUGGGCCCUGUCCGAGACCCAGCGGAUCGACUGCAUCGCCGACGACCGGUGCGAGAUCCAGCUCCUCCUGGGCGAGCCCUACGCCGUCCACACCACCGGGAAGGUCCUCCUCCGGGAGGCCUUCCGGACCGGCUCCUCCUGGCGCCGGAAGGACCCCAUCGAGAAGGGGAGCGGGGCGACCGUCAUCGGCCACGACGAGUACUGGGGGGACGUCCUCCCGGACGGGGAGUUUGCCACGGCCACCGCCGCGCUGGAAACCGAAGAGGGAAUCUUCGUGGGGACCAAGGAAAACCUCGUCAACUUUCGCAUCUACGUGGAUUCCUUUGGGGGGAUCGUCCACCCGACCCGGAAGCGGCUCCCGGAAGGCGGCGGGGGCUGCACCGGGUGCGGCUUCGAGCUGGCCUACCCAGGGGCGAUGUUCUGCCACAUCUGCGGGGCCUAUCCGUGCCGGCCGCUGCCGCCCGGGGGCACCGGGGCAAGCGGCUAGCGAGCAACCCUUGCCGGCGCUCCUGGUUCGUCGCGGCGUGUUGCGUGCCGAACGAAGAACAACGAAGGAGAACCAUCGAACCGAACACGGUACAAAUACGGCUCUUUCAUCAAAUGAGAACUAUGGAAUAGAAUACUGUGACGAUA